CUUGUAGCUGUAAAAAAACAGUAAAGAACUUUAGGAAACCUCAAAUACCAAGCAAAGCAUAUAGAUCAGAUAUCAUCAGACUGGAGGGACAGGACAGAAUCAUUUUGCAGUACUUGUCCCAAAAUGGAAGAUGAAGGAGACUAUCCUGGUCCUGGAUCCAGCUUUGGUGGAAUCAACUUGAACGGAAGAAAUGUUGGGGCGGUGAUGGUAGCACCUAGAGAUGUAGACAUAGCGAGUCAAAGUGGUUGCAGGAUCAACAUCUACGUGAACAACAACGUUCAAGCAACGUGUGGUUCAGUUCUGCUUGGUAGCAAGGUUAAGCUAAAAGAUCCCGGUGUCCAUCUCCAUAUCGAAGAUGUUAAAAUGACCCGCGACGAUGACGGAUCUAAACAGAAGGAGAUGACGUUGGUUAAGGUUGGGUUAUGUUUGGUCUGUCUCUUUAACAUAUUUCUAAUACUCAUUCUCUUCAUCUCCUCUUGGUCUCGGAAGAAAACUGAUUCCAUAUAGAUCUCCCCAUCAACCGAUGAUCAUUGCUAAGAAGUAAGAACGAUAUCUCGUCCAUAAACGUUUCCUCGAUAACUUA